CCCGCUAAACCCUAGGGGGUGGAAAGAGAGCAAAAGAAGAGUAAGAGAAGGCGAUGAGGAGAAAGGGCAAUUGAAUCAACAGGAAAUCCAACGGUUUAAUUAAUGGCGCUUCCCGCGUCGUCAAUAUGUUCUUCGACUCCAAAAUUUCAGAUUAAAAUGUUCAAAAACCAACCCCAUCAGCUAAAUAGAUGGCCAGUUAUACAUGCGCAUCCCCAACUCUUUCCAAGUCGCUUCAUUAAAAUGACAACCGCAGAGCUUGGUGACCGAAAUAAGGUCAAAAUACAGUUGAAUAUAGCCAAGGAGAUGUUGUGGGCAGCCACACCUGACCCUGUGAAAGAGUUUCCUUGGAGGAAGGCAGGGGAUGUGGUGCUAAAACGAUUAAUGUUUAUUGGACAGACAGCAUUGAAAUGGUCCCUAGUAUCGAUGUUCAUUUUUAGUUCUAUAUCAGAUGUUAUAUUUUCUAUCUCGAGAAACCAGGAGUUGUUGAUUCCUGUUGGUCUCCUCAUUGGCUACUUGAUGACUAACUAUUUAGAUGAGAUACUGCAGGAAAUUGUACAAACAGAGGAUAAGGGAUUCAACCUACCACUUGCAAAUAUCAGUUUCUUCUUUGUUCUUGUCAAGGUCAUUUCUACAUAUUUUGCAGCAGGCACACGAGUUUUUCUUUUGCAUGUUGCAAAUGGCGGGCUACUGCAAGUUUUGUGGCUGUGGAGACAUUUAGCGAAAGAAAAUGAUAAACACAGUGAAAACAAUUUCAAUACUGAGGGUCAAGAUGCUUCAUUAGUUGCAGACGUGGAGGAAUAAAGCCAAUUCAAUUAAUUACUUUUGUACAUUGAACAUCGUUGGUCAUGAUUGUAAUUGUUUCAAUGGUUGAAAGGACGUUAACAAAAAGAGAUAUUUAGUUCCCAAGUUCUUUCAUAGGAAUAUACUUCAGAAUGGGCUGUCUUAUACAGCAAUGAGUUUUUCCUUCA